AUGACCUCAGCAGUACAAUAUCAAAACUCGGGUUUUGCAGAAGAGUCAUUAUCUCGAGAAGAAGCAUUAAAGCUUUACACCAACGCCUUAAAUUUCAAUGUCAUUAGCCGGUAUGAUCCUGCAAUCAAACAAUUAUUGAGCCACACAUCACACUGUGUACUAUACAAAUUUGAUCAUGACAGUGACGAAUGGAUCAAGACUGAUUUUCAAGGAACUAUGGCAUUGUAUGCACGAGAUAGCAAGCUGCAUAUAAAUGAAUUGCAGAGGACGAUUCAACAGAUGCAACCCACGGUCGAGCUUGUGCAACAUGUUCAAGACCUUUUCCAAUUUGGACUCAUUCUACUAAACCGUACUAGUCCCGAAUGCUUUUCCGUUGGGAUUGUCCCCUCCAAACUGGCUAAGGCUUUGGAAGGCAAGGUUUUUGGUGAUCACACUAUGCAUGAAAUGGAAGUUGAACUAAAUGACAACUUGAUCAUUGUGCGAAAUUUGUAUGGCGAUAUAUUUGGUCUCUGGGUUUUUGAUGAAGAGGAUAGGUCGGAGUUAUUCAAGCUGUUACAAUAUUGUCUUGAUUUCCAAUAA